CACGGGAUGAAUUCUUCAACCAUGAAAUACACUUCGGUCUCUUCCCCACACACUAACAGCAUGAAUAACAUCCACGUCCCUCCAAAAGUCCUCGUGCCACCCGUUUUCCAGCCUGCAAGCUGGGAGAGGAGAAGGAGCUCUGCCUCCAGCCUGGAGGAUUCCCAGGAAUCCGACUCUGAGAGCCUGGAAAAGGAGAGGCAGUACCAGCUGGGACUCCAGCAGAGGAUCCUGGAAAAUCAAGAGGUGGUAGGGCAGGAUCCUGGUGACACCCUGGAGGAUGACAGCUUGGAAGAGGACAGCUUGGAGGAGAUGAGUUCUGGAGAGAAAGGAGCUGAGUAUGACACAAAUAAGAAAGGAAAACCAAAGGCUUAUGGCAGUGGAAGGAAAAAACUGCCUGUGGACAAAUAUUCCAGCCUGAGGUACAAUCCUCAUUGGAAGAGUGCAAAAAAGGGAGCAGAAUUUUUUAAGAGAGAGAAAGCAUCCCAAAUUUCUGAAGGAAGCAGUGGGGACUUUUCACUGGAUUCAUUUUAUCUCCAUUCCGAUGACUCCUCAGAAAAUAAUCAAGAGGCAAAGACUCAGGAUUCACUCCCAGAGUUUGGUCCAGAAUUAUUCAGCUUUUAUGGAGCAAAUGUGGCCAGCAAGGAACCUGUUGGGCCACAAGCCAAAAGGAAGGAACCUGCAGAUGGAUUUCAUUCCAAAAAUAAUCCUGGCCAUGCUUUUCCUCCUCAGAACCAACAGGAUCCACCCCAGAGAGCAAAACAAAACUUUGUGAAAAAAAAUAAACAGACUUUAGGGUUACAGUCAGAGAAGAUGAAUUCCUAUCUUGAGCUGCACAAUAGAAAGCAAGUUCUUCAAGGGCAGGUCACAAAUCCUACACCAGUUGAUGAAGAACCACUCCAGAGUGUCCCAGCAUCCCAAACUGGGAAAAUCAAGCCUGAAGACAAAUGGUACCCAAAAGGACAACAGCUCAAGGAGCAGCACAAGUUCUUCCAGAGAAAUAGAACAGAACCCAACCAGACUUUCAGUGGAAGAGUUUUCCCAAGGAAUGAUGGCCAAGAAGCCCCAGGAAGAGCAGCAGAAGCAAAGCCUUGGCACAGGAGUCACCAGCAAAUCCCAGCAUUUCAGGCUGCUCCCACUCCCACUCCCAGCUCAGCACUGCAGGAAUAUCUGAAUCCAAGCUCCUCUGUUGGCCCUGACCCAGCAGAAAAAUCCCAAAGUGGUUUAAAUAAUUCCCCAAAUUCAGUCCUUACCACACCUACCUAUCACUUUCUCCCAGUAUUCCAGAAUUUUUACCCAGCAGAGGUUUUAAAUCCAGAGGAUCUCAGUAAGGAGAACAAGAAAUACCAGCACGAUUCUCCAACUGGAAUUCCUCAUCAACACUCAGCCAAUGCCAUCCCUGGGCAGCAUUUUUCCAGGAAUAACAGCAGCAGUGGCCAGGCACAUCCAGAAUUGGGGAAUAUUUCAUCUGAUUUUAAUGCAAUUUUUCAAGAAAGAGUGAAGGAUCAAGCACCACUUCAAGAUUUCAAAAAUCAUAUUCAUGAGGAUAACAGUUCACCAACAGCUUCUUGUAGAACUUCCCAUUUUAAAGAAAAAAUGAAGCAGCAUCAGCCAAGAAUUUCUGAUUUUAGAAAUGAUUUUGCUGACAUGUGGUUCUGGGGUUUCCUCCCACCUGCCCUGCCCCAGACACAGAGGAGUUCCCAGGGAGAUUCAGGAGGAGCUGAAGGAAAUCCAAGGAAAAUGAGACGAAGCAGCUCAGAAGGAUCUCUCCUGCAAAUGGAAAAGCAAAAGCAGCCCAAAGCCAGCAAGAAGAUGUGUAGCUCCAAAUUCUACAUCAAUCCGAAUAUGAAGCUUGGUGGCCUUGGACCUGACUAUGAAACAAUCAAAGAGAAAAAAGAAAAGCUAAAGCUGCAAAAGGAAUAUUCCAGGCAAAUUAACGAAUAUAACAUGAAAAAUAUUACUGUGGUUCAGAGGUUUCCUGCAAAACCCCAGGUGUCUUCAGUGUCCAGACAGAAGGCUCUGGAAUAUGCCAAGAAGAUUCCAAGACCAAAGACUUUCACUACAAGGCCAUCAGACCAAGAGGGGAAAGAGGUUCUGCCCCAGGCUCCAACUGGAACCAGUUUACCCCAAAUCCCAUCCCUGGAGUCUCUGUGGAACAGGCACGAGAAGGAGAAGGAAGUUGUGGCUGCUUUCAAAUCCCUUCACAUCUUCUAG